ACUUUAAAAGGCCGGGUGACUCCCUCCUCAUUAGAUUCACUUGAACAAUCUCUGUCAACACCCUUCCCUCUCACUUACAACGAGCAUAUGGAAAUGGAGAACCAAAAAGGAAGCCACAAGAGAAGAGGAAUGAGCAAUGAAGAUUUGAUAUCUGAACGUACGGGCUCUUUAGGAUGCAUCGGCUGGGUCUUAGUCAUACUCUCUGGCAUCUUCACAUUUUUACUCUUUCCCAUCACCAUCUGGUUUUGUUUCAGGAUUGUUCAGGAGUAUGAACGUGCUGUCAUCUUCAGACUGGGCCGCAUCACAGACAGGAGAGCUAAAGGACCAGGAAUUUUCUUUAUUUUGCCGUGCACUGAUUCCUGUGUAAAAGUGGACCUGCGAACAGUUUCAUUUGACAUCCCACCUCAAGAGAUCCUGACCAAGGACUCUGUUACAGUUUGUGUGGACGGAGUGGUGUACUUCCGUGUCAGCGACCCCAUUGCCUCUGUGGCCAAUGUAACUAAUGCUGACUUCUCCACCCGCCUUCUGGCUCAAACCACCCUCAGAAAUGUCCUGGGGACUAAGAACUUGGCUGAGCUCCUAUCUGACCGUGAGGGCAUUGCUCACAGCAUGCAGUCUAAUCUGGAUGAAGCCACAGACGACUGGGGCAUCAAAGUGGAGCGUGUAGAGAUUAAAGAUGUGAAGCUGCCACACCAGCUGCAGAGAGCCAUGGCUGCUGAAGCAGAAGCUUCACGAGAGGCCAGAGCCAAGGUGAUUGCAGCAGAGGGUGAGAUGAAUGCUUCUCGUGCCCUGAAGGAGGCUUCCCUCGUGAUCGCAGAGUCUCCAUCAGCCCUGCAGCUUCGCUACCUGCAAACACUCAACACCAUUGCAGCAGAGAAGAACUCCACCAUCAUCUUCCCCUUGCCCAUGGACGUCAUGUCCCACUUCAUGCGAAAGUGACACCACAGUUUACUCUUCCUCUAAAGUCAUUGUUGAUGAUUGUUGACCCAUGUGAUGUCAGGAUACAUUUCUGUGUUUCUUUGUGAAAUGAAGUUUUUUCAGAAUGAUGAUAGGAGCACUUUUGUGGUUUAUAUGGCAAAGCUGUAAUAAGGCCAGGCUGCUAACCAAUAUAAUUUGGAUAAAUUCUAAGUGGUAUGAAUAGCUUGCAUGUCUUUGACAGAAUUUGCUGUGAAACUAAAAUAUGUUGUUAAAACCAUGCAAUAAUUAUUGUCUCAUUCAUGAUAUUAUGUGAUAUUCAUCUUGUAUAUUUUGAUACAUUAAAUAUAAAACUUUUAAAAAAUAU